AACGCGGGUGAUCCUGUGUAUGUAGGGGGAGGACACGGGGGAUGUGGAGCAUCGGGGUCCCCUCGCCCCCUCCCCCUGGGAUCCGAGGAACUCACAUGACGAUGGCAACUGCAUUCCCCAGCUUGAGUUUUACUUUCAGUGAAACUGAAACCGGGGCCAGCCAAGGAACUCACAUAACGAUGGCAAUUGCAUUGCACAGCUCGAGUUUCAGUUUCAGUGAAACCGGCAUCAGCCAAGGGCUUGGAAACCAAGACCCCAGAGAGUCACAACUGAGACUAGUCUUAGUGGGUAAGACUGGAGCCGGAAAAAGUGCCACAGGGAACAGCAUCCUUGGGAAGAAAGCGUUUCAUUCCAGCAUCGCAGCAAAAUCCGUCACCAAGGUCUGUGAGAAAGGGACCUGCACGUGGAGUGGGAGAGAAAUUGUGGUGGUGGACACGCCUGGUUUUUUCGACACCGAGGUGCCAGAUGCUGACACUCAAAAGGAGAUUGCUCGUUGCAUCCUCCUGACGUCCCCGGGGCCUCAUGCACUGCUCCUGGUGGUCCGACUGGGCCAGUACACAAAGGAAGAGCAAGAGGCCGUGCAGAAGGGGCUGAAGAUGUUUGGUCCCACAGCUAGGAGAUACACGAUUCUCUUAUUUACCCGGAAGGAUGACUUGGAUGGUGUGGAGUUCUGUGAUCACAUCAAGGAAGCCCCACCAUUCAUUCAGGAUCUGAUGAAGGAGUUCAAGGAUCGCCACUGUUUGUUCAAUAAUAAGGCAACAGGUGCAGAACAGGAGGCCCAGAGGGCACAGCUGCUGGACCUGGUCCAGCGCAUGGUGAUGGAGAACGAGGGGGUAUUCUACACUAACGAGAUGUACCAAAGGGCGGAGGAGGAGAUUCAGAAACAGAUCCGAGCAAUAGAAGUGCUCUCCAGAGCUGAGCUGGAGAGAGAGAAGAAGCAGAUAAGAGAGGAGUAUGAGGAGAAAAUCAGAAACCUGGGGGAUAGCCUGGAGCGGGAAAGGAGAAAGGCAGAAAUGGAGAGGGCGUUGGCAGAAAGGGAAAAGCAGUGUGUUUCCAGGCAGCAAAACGCUAGGCAUGAAAUUGAGCGUCAGAAUAAGAUUCUUGAGACCAUCAUAGCAGUUGUCAACAUUAUUGGCCUUGCUCUUCAAUGCGUGUUCAAAGCCCUUGACAAGAAAUGAAAAUCUGUCUAUAUUUCCUGCAUAUUUUCUGGUGCCCUUUUACUCUUAGAAAUCAUUCCCCAAAGUCAGAGCCAUGUGCUUCUGUCCCUCAUGCUCUCAGCAACGGGGAGGGAGGGAACGUUCACUGUUGGAUAUUGGUGGCCUAUUGAUGGAUUUUACAGGGGAGGGACACAUGCCCAACCUGUAAAACUCCAAAGCAAAAUAUACAGAUGCACCCUGUGACCUGAUCUCUUUCUCAGACACAGAGAAAGGAAUGCAGGUGACCAAAAGUCGGUGGCCCCAAGCUUGCUCUAUUUGUCCCUGGUAACUGUUUCUCCUCCAGAUUUUUUCUAAAUUUGCAGAUAAUAUCCAUCUGUGGCUCUUCUCCUAAUUUUUGUCUUUAGAGCCCCGGUGAUCACUCUACCCAAGUGGCUAGUGAAGUCAGCUCUUUGCACUUAGUAAUCCAUAUAGAGAGAUGCUUAUAGAAUUCUUCUUUGAUGAACAUAAAUUUGUUGAAGUACAUUUUUAUGGAAGGACUCAGAUUGUCCCUUAACAUUGGCCCACUGAAAAACAAAGACCUGCCUGAAAAACAUCUUCUAGAACUCAACGAAGUGAAAUGCCAGAAAGGAUAAAAGACACAGAUUCAACAGGCAAGAGAGCAUCAUUUGAAGUAUUCAGAUGUUCAGGUAGAAACUCUCUGACCAGCCUCAAUGCGAGCAUGUUGCUGAAUGACUAGUUCUCUCCUUUUCUUGGGAAGCCAACUAUUGCCACCUUACCUCCAUCUCCCUGCACCCUGAUGACUCCCUGCUGGGACGGUGGUCCACACACUGCUGCCCCACCCCCUUAAAUUGUUUGCUUACUGUUACUCCAAUAAAAUUUCUCUAUUCUUUCGCA